UGAUUCUGCAUUUCCGGGGAGGAGGGCUGCAUUGUUUACCAACAGCCCUCCUCCCUCUCAGUUUAAGCACACUGCUCUGGAUGGCUGAGUAGAGCCAUUCAGAGCAGUGUGCUUACAGUAAAGAACACACCCGGCCCCCUAGUAAAACACUCCCAUCACACAGUUAACCCUUUGAUCGCCCCCAAAUGUUAACCCCUUCCUGCCCACUGCCAUUAGAACAGAGUCAGUGCUUUUUUUUAUCACUGAUCACUGUAUUGGUGUCACUGGGGAUUUCAGUGACACCAAGUCAGUUCCCCCCAGUGUCAGAAUGCCUGCCGAAGUCCCGC